AUGGGGAUAAGAUGCUUGAGCUUCACCAAUAAGAAAAAUCCUUUCACCAAUGACCCAGAUGUCAUUGGUGAAAGGCGAUGCAUUAGCAGCACGUCGCCACCUGCUGCAGCAGCAAUAUCCUGGGUUACAGAGGCUCUCUUGACCCCAGUGCUUCUUGCUCAUAGCCCGGGGAAUAAUACCAUACUCAAAGUACAGACCAGUGACGUACCAGAUGUACCAAAUGAACUGUGCAGUGUGGCUACACAGACUGAAGACUACGGUUGUGUCAAUCAAUGUACCUCAAUGUAUGUGGACAAUGAACGACAAACGGAAAAUAGAGAUAGCGAAAGCAACGAAAUAAGAGAAGAAGUAAACGAAGGUGAUACGAUUGAUGCCAAUGAGCAGAACACAUUAAAUAACACUGAUGUGGACGAGAACCUUGAUGAAGUUAGUGAAGACUAUGAGAUGGAUGAGUCAUUGGGCACCAUAGUUACCAAGAUGRAAGGAAGGAAGGAGCUUGUCCCAAAUGUACAAACUAAGCACAAACGUAAUACCAAGACUUAUGACUGCUCUUACUGCAGUAGAACAUUUAAGUGGAAAAGCGUACUUGAUACUCAUCUACGAACACAUACCGGUGAAAAGGCAUACCAGUGUUCGCAUUGUCAAAAAGCAUUUGCAUUAAAAACUAAUCUCGGACUUCAUCUACGUACACAUACCGGUGAAAAGCCAUAUGAAUGUUCGUGUUGUGAUAAAGCAUUUAUCUCGAAAACGGAAUUGAAAAUCCAUCUACGAACACAUACCGGUGAAAAGCCAUAUGACUGUUCGUGUUGUGAUAAAGCAUUUAUCACGAAAUCGGAAUUGAAUAUCCAUCUACGAAAACAUACCGGUGAAAAGCCAUAUGAAUGUUCGUUUUGUGAUAAAGCAUUUACAAAGAAAAUGACUUUGAAGAUCCAUCUACGAAGACAUACCGGUGAAAAGCCAUAUGAAUGUUCGUUUUGUGAUAAAGCAUUUGCAUUAAAAACUAAUCUCGGAAUUCAUCUACGAAGACAUACCGGUGAAAAGCCAUAAGAAUGUUCGUAUUGUAAAAAGGCACUUGCAAAGAAAUGUACUAUCGAUGUUCAUCUACGAACACAUACAGGUGUAAAGCCUAAUAAUUGUUCAUUUUAUCAAAAGGAAUUUGCAAAGAAUAAUAAUCUCGAUCAUCAUCUACGAAAAAAUACCGGUGAAAAGCCAUAUGAAUGUUGGUAUUGUAUUAAAGCAUAUACAAAGAAAACGAGUAUGAACAUCCAUCUAUGA